AUGUCCGAAGAAGUGAAAGAUAAGAAUAACUAUACUGAGCCACGACUAAGAGAUCAUGAAGAGAAACAAACACCUUUCACUGUAUUCACUAGGGGAAGUCGAUUUUUACUCAUCUCAGUCUUGUGCUUAAUAGGAUUUUGGAGUACAUGUUCAAACCCUAUAUAUUUUCCAGCUUUGCCUACUUUGGAGAAAUAUUUUCAUACAAACCCAUCUAGAAUGAAUAUAUCAGUACUUUCAUAUUUGGUACUUCAAGGAAUAUCACCUUCAAUCAGCUCAAACUUAGCUGACAGCUUUGGUAGAAGACCAGUUCUUACUUUUUCUUUAGUCAUUUUCAUAGUGGCUUGCAUUGGUAUAUCACAGACUAAGGCUUUUUGGCUCUUAAUAGUGUUAAGGUGUCUUCAGGCUGCUGGUAUAGCCCCCGUAAUAUCAAUAUCAUCUGGCAUCUCAGGAGACGUCUGCACACGAGAAAAUCGGGGUGGGUUCAUAGGUAUCACUUCUGGUUUUCAAUUACUAGGUAAUGGUUUCGGAGCCAUUAUUGGAGCUGCAUUAAUGAAUCUGUUCAAGAGCUGGAGAUCCAUAUUUAUAUUUUUAAUGAUAGGUGGAAUUGUUACAUUUGUGAUCACGCUUGUGCUACUUCCUGAGACGGGAAGAAAUGUUGUCGGAAAUGGUUCCAUCGAACCCCAAAGCUGGUUUCAUAGGCUGCCGAUAAUAUAUUUUCCUAAAUUUAAAAAUCGCUUAAAUAAUGCUACAUCUACUUUGAUUCCAUCCAGAAAGUUCGAUAUAUUUGCAUCCUUUAAAAUUUUGUUUCAAAUCAAGGUUUUUCUUAUUUUGCUUCCUGCCGGGAUCCAAUUCACAAUCUGGACGAUGGUGCUAACUUCUAUGUCUAACGUUUUGGAGAAUAAGUACGGCUAUUCUGUCUUACAUGUGGGUUUAAUAUACUUACCGCAAGGUAUCGGUUGCCUUGUUAGUGCCUUAGGUACAGGAAGAUUUUUAAAUUACUAUUACAAAAGGCGAAAGGCUGCGUAUGAGCUUCAAUAUUCUGGCUUUUCUGAUUCGGAGAAACCUAAGUUUAAUCUUUUGAGGAGUAGGUUUGACGUCUGCUUAGUCCCUGGAAUAUUGGCUAUAGUAGGAGAAGUUAUAUUUGGGUGGUGCAUUCAGUACAAAGAGCCAGCGAUAUCGAUUAUCAUAUCUACUGUGUUGGUUUCUACUUCGGUUUCCAGUUUUGUAUCUAUAGCGACCACCAUUUUGGUCGAUUUAUUUCCAGAGCAUAGUUCAACACUGACAAGUUGUAUGAACUUAGUACGAUGUUUAUUGGCUGCAUUAUUUGUUGGGGUAUUAGAUAAGAUGAUUAGUUGUAUGGGAUAUGGUGGAACUUUUACUUUCAUGGCCGGAAUAGGUGUCCUUGCCGAUUGCGGAUUGAUUGUUAUGGUUUUUCAAUACACCAAAUCUUUAUCAAACCCUUCUGUAUAG